AUGUCCCAACCCACAGCUCCGCCCACGCAGCUGAACCCGCAGUUCUGCUUCAACACCCGGGUCCUACGUGACUUCCUGCGUCUAUCCCGCCACAGCAUAGACGACAGCAUAUCGACGAACCUGAACGCGCUGUUGACUCCCUCCUCCACGGCUCCGUUCAACCCUUCAUCCACCUCAAUCCGCAACCCAACCCUCCCAUCCUCGCUUUUGACACGCCAACCCAUCCCACGCGAAACCACCAGGACAUUCCUAGAAUCUGUGCUCUUUCCGUCAUGGAAUUCGCGGUCUGAAGUCAUUUCAUACUGCACCGCGGUGGCGACGUCUCCGGAUCCGGACGACCCGGAGGUGAUUGAGCGGGAAGCCAUGGACAGAAAAGAUGCGGACAGAAUCGUGGAUGAGAGGCUGGAUCCAUACUCUGCUCGCUUCUUCCCCAAGGAACCCAGGACACAGCAGCUCGCUGCGCUGUUGAGGAACGAGAAUGCCGUGGAGUCGAUCGUGAGAAACCGGACGUGGGGAGUGGUGGCGGAGCGCUGUCAAGGUGUUGAAUCGACGUGGGAACAAGCAUUUGACAGAUGGCGGGAAAGCAUGAGAAGCAGGAAAUGA